CCAUUUCUUCUCUUUCCUUGUCCGCUGGGCUGUACCAUGUGUCACUGCCUUUAAGGGCUGUAUUUCUUGCAGCAAUAAUGGAAAAGGUGCAAGAGGGCAGUGAAGAAAAAACAGAGAUGGUUGAACCACCACUUGGCUGGGGCUAUAAAUAGGUAGAGAUCGUUUCAUGUGAAGUCGGUGCUCUGAAUAGAUCAAAUCUCAUUAAACUAAUCAUCAGUAGACCUCCCAUGCAUUUGACCUUAUCCUACAGAUGCUGAACAAUUUAAGUUGGUGGGAUAGCUAGAUGAACUUGCAAGGUCCUCUCUUCCAAGUUAUUUCAAGAAUUCUUAGAAUGUUUGCUUAAUUACGCCGGUCCUGGAAAGGGCGGGAGAGGCUUCUCAGUGGAGUCCAAGACAGCUCAUCGAAAACAAAAGUAAAAACAACAAGCUCUUUCUAUAUUCACGAGUUGGAGUUUUUCUUUUUUCUUUACAAGAAAGAGACUUGAACUCGGAGAUCUGGUAGAUGAGAUGGGAUAUAUGACUCGUUGAGGAUCAUGAGAUUGAUAUGACAUGGGAACAAGACUCCUUGCUUUUAAGUGGAGUUUCAUGGCAAUACAUGGGCCUCAAACUCUUCAGGGAUUGUUUGUUUGUGCUGCAUGCCACGUUUUAAACUAUAGCCCCAAUAAAAAGCAGCUAAAAACUGAUAUUUGAACUUGAACCGCAAUUUAAAACAGUGUAGUAAAAUAGGUUCUUGCUAGGAAAAAGUUUAUGUAUGAUCACGACAAGGUUUCAAGUGUAAUAAAGACGAGGUGUGUAGACAAGCGCGAAUGGUAUGCGCCCAUAACAACGAACUAGUCCUCUUAGGACCCCAAUUAAUUUCCACCUAACAAGACAACCAAUGGACCAGAAUAGAGCCAAGCAAGCAAAAUCCUUCAAGAGAUUAGAUACCUUUCUUGAAGAAUAUAAAGAUGCAAAACCACAGUAGAGAAGGAAAUACCAAGUUUUUAUCUAUAGCGUGGAGCUUGAUAUUUCCACAUAUUCUUCCAAUAUCAGAUAUCCCACAUGCCUUCUAUCACUCCCUUCAACAUUUUCAUGGAGAAAAAGAAACCUAAAGGUGGUGGCAGUACUGAUGAUUUAGCCCUAGCAAAAGCAGCUGCAUGGGCAUGGUACCACCAUGGUUCAGGGUCUGAAGGAAGGCCGAUUUGUGAGUUUGAUGUUACAAGAACUCGUCAUGCUCCAAGACCAUCAAGAUACAAGCUAGAAGCUACGAGAAUAAUGAAGGAAGAUGCCAUGGGAUCGGGAUCAGAAACGCCGAGUCCAAUCCGCACAGAUAAUUCUCUUCUUGAUAAAUAUGAGGUAGAGAGCAUUUCAAAGCAACUUGACUAUCUUAUAGAGUCAAGCAGCAACAGAUUUUAUGGCUUCAAGAUAGAUCAUCUUGAUCAUGACCAAAGAAGUAUCUCGUCAUUGGAUAGUGAUAAAACUGGCGAAAUGAAGCAGAAGAAGGACAAGAAGAAGAAGACUUUUUUACAAGGGUUUUUGCUAAGACAUUCGGUUGUUUGUGGCACAAGGGGAGAUGUGGACACAAGAGCCUUAGUGCGUUGUGGCAGCGGCAGCGGCCGGAAAGUCAUGUUCCGGUAGUUGGGAUGGUUACUUGUCGAGCCACGGGAUGCCCAUGCUUGGUAAAUUAACAGUAACUUAUGAAAUUGUUGUUACCUCCACAAAUUUAUUGCUAGAAAUGGCUUCCAGCUUUAGAUA